AUGUCGAGCUACACUGUUGCGUCGCUGAAGAGGGUGUCUGCAAAGACGCUUUCUGACAAGAUUCUCGGGGAACAGGACAAGGCAGAGCCAAGCUUUGCGGUGAUUGAUGUUCGAGAUGUUGACUACAUCGGCGGCCACAUCAAGGGAUCAACCAACAUCCCCUGCAACCAGCUAGACGCCCUGAUGCCCACCCUCAUCCGCAAAGUCAAGGACAAGAAGGCAGUCAUCUUCCACUGCGCGCUCAGCCAGCAGCGGGGGCCCUUCUCCGCGCUCAAGUAUCUCCGCGAGAGAGACGCUCUGCUGGCGUCGUUGGGCGAGGAGCCUCCCAAGGAGCAGGAAGUGUGUAUCCUGGAGCAAGGAUUCACGGGAUGGCAAGAGAUUUAUGGCGAGGAUGAGAGGCUGACGGAGGGCUUUCGGAAGGAGAUCUGGAGGUGA